AUCAUAUAAAUAGAAACCCGAAUCAUGGAAAAUAUCAAAACCAUUUAAGUUUGAACUUUGGAAACAAUUACCAAAUCGCACCAAAAAUGUAUAAAGUAUCAAUUGCUGUUCUCCUUUUGGCUGCUGCUGUCAGUGCUGUGCACAUUCAACAGCGUUAUCAUGGCCAAGACAUCUACGCCGAACCCGAAUGCUCCAUUGUAACCGACCACUCACGCAUGUUUCGUGAUAUAUCUGAUCCCACACACUAUUGGAUCUGCCCUGAAGGUCAGGAGAAGGCCGAUUACAUACAGUGUCCGGAUAAUUACGCAUUCAUGGAGAAGGAGCAGAAAUGCGUUGUAUGGGAGGAAUGGAAGUGGGUUGAACCAUACACUAAAUAAAUUUUAUAAUGAUUCUUCAUUGAUCCGCUUGAAUAAAAUUUUUUAAACAUUAAAUUUCUAAA